AUGGGCGGUAGAAAGCCAGGGAGCAGAGCCCACAUGGAAAGUCAGCUUCCUGGUUCCCCAGCAACUGUAGGCAAGAAAUCCCUUGUGAUCCAAGCUGCCCUGUGUUUUGGGAUCCAUUGCUCUUCUUUGGUCUUCUUUGAGGUUGUCUGUGGAUAUGGAGCACCUCACCAGCUUUGGGAAACAAAGCAUUUCCCCCGGGAACGAAAAGCCAAUGGUGUCCCAGGCUGCAGGGAAGAGUGUUGCCAGCAGGUCAAGGGAGGUGAUCCUGCCCCUCUACUCAGCCCUGCUGAGGCCUCAUCUCGAGUCCUGUGUCCAGUUCUGGGCUCCCCAAUACAAGAGAGACAUGGAGCACUGGGGAGAGUCCAGCGUAGGGCUAUGAGGAUGAUCAGAGGGCUGGAGCAUCUGCCCCAUGAGGAACGGCUGCGAGAGCUGGGCCUCUUCAGCCUGGGGAAGAGAAGACUGAGGGGGGAUCUUAUCAAUGUGUACAAGUACCUGAAGGGAGGGUGUCAAGGGGACGGGGACAAACUCUUCUCAGCUGUCCCGUGUGACAGGACAAGAGGCAAUGGGCAGAAAUUGAAGCACAGGAAGUUCUGCCUGAAUGUGAGGGGGAAUUUCUUCACUGAGAGAGUGACAGAGCACUGGCACAGGUUGCCCAGAGAGGUUGUGGAGUCUCCUUCUCUGGAGAUCUUCAAGGUCCGCCUGGAUGCAACCCUGUCUAACAUGCUCUAG